ACUCCAUUUUGAGACAGCUUGUGUGGCACCACCGAGCCCAGAAGCGAAGCCGAGCCCAGCCCAGCCUGUCGUCGUCCCUUGUCUAGGCCCCGAACGCUAGCACGACCCAAACCCACUCAGCCGACUAACGAACGCUCGCUAACCAAGUUACUAUCCGAAAGGAAAGCAAAUCUUAUCGUAUGUCCGCUAUUCAGAACCUCCAAACUUUUGACCCCUUUGCUGAUGCAACUAAGGGUGAUGACUGCCUCCCAACUGGGAAAGAAGACUACAUCCACAUAAGAAUCCAACAGCGGAACGGCAGGAAGACCCUCACGACUGUCCAGGGCAUUGCUGCAGAGUAUGACAAGAAGAAGCUAGUUAAGACCUUCAAGAAGAAGUUUGCUUGCAAUGGGACUGUGAUCGAGCACCCGGAGUAUGGUGAAGUGAUCCAACUUCAGGGAGAUCAACGCAAGCAUAUUUGCCAGUUCCUCAUUGACAUUGACCUGGCCAAGGAGGAGCAGCUCAAAGUCCAUGGUUUUUAGACGCUACCGGCAGCCCCCGGAAGACCAUCAGCCCUCCUCCCUGCCGCUCCCAUGUGCUGCUGUUGCUCUCCCUUCCUCCCACCAGCCCCCCUUGUGCCCCAAACCAGCUCCUGCUAGCUAAGGUGAACAACCUGUUCUAACAUGGGACUGUGUACCACCGCCACUGCUGCCCUCCGCCACCUGGGGGCAGACUCGCUGCUGCGCAGACUCACCGAAGCUCCACAUGACAUCCGGGAUGAAUGGUGACAAAGUCUCCGCACGCACUUCCUCCUUCCCUUGGGUUAUUUCCUUUUUAGGUCUCUGUGCCACGAUGAGGAGGCACUAUUCAUGUAACUUUUUUUGUUUUGUACUUUAAGGUGUUUCAAUAAAAUGAUGCGUCUCCAUA